CCAGCAUUGAGACAGAAUAGCGAAGGAAGGAACGAAGGUGGGAUGUGGCCCUCUGUUUGUUCCAGCCAGCCAGCCCAUCGGGGUUUAAGGAGGUUUCCAGCCCUACCUCAAUCUCUUCUCCUACCUCCUCCUCUUCCUCCUCCUUCCUACUCCUCCUGUAACGUCCGUUUCCUCUAUUGAUACAGUGUUGCUUUAGUGCGCCUCGCAUCCUCUUGUGUUGUUGUUGUUGCAAAAUUUGUGGUGGCGGAGGACUGAGGAGAGGACGGAACCCGGAGGAGGGAGAGAUGAUGGACAUGGAUGAGCGGGAGGUGCCGUUGCAGUUGGACUUCGAGGACGAUGGCGUGGAGGAGGACGAACCCAUGGCCGACCGGGGUGCCUUCGAGCGCCAAUACGCGGACGAGCGCUCCUGGGAAGAGCUCCAGGAAGAUGAGUCGGGAAUGUUGCGCGUUGAUGUGGCGCAGCAACAGCGCCAGCACCGUAAGCGUAUGUCCGCCAUGGCGGGGCCUCGUAUUCAGCGCGGCAUCAUCCGGUACCUCUUCGUGCUGCUGGAUUUCUCGCGAGCAGCUGCGGAGAUGGAUCUUCGUCCAAGUCGCAUGGGCAUUGUGGUUGAUUGCGUGGAGGCUUUUGUCCGGGAAUUUUUCGACCAGAACCCAUUGAGCCACCUAGGGGUUAUACUGCUCAAGGAUGGGAUUGCGCACCAACUGACAGAUUUGAGCGGUAGCCCCGAGACUCACAUUCGGGCUCUUCGAAGUAACAUGGAGUCUACAGGAGAUGCUUCAAUCCAAAACGGUUUAGAUCUGGCACGGGGUUAUUUGACUCAAAUACCAAGUUACGGGCAUCGAGAAGUAUUGCUCGUCUAUUCAGCCUUGAGUACGAUUGACCCUGGAGACGUAAUGGAAACAGUGCAAGAAUGUAAAAAGGCCAAUAUUCGUUGCUCUGUCGUUGGUCUAUCAGCAGAGAUUUACAUAUGUAAACUUCUAUGUGAACAAACUGGAGGCAUGUAUUCUGUGGCCACGAACGAGGGUCAUUUGAAGGAACUUAUUAUGGAGCAUGCUCCUCCACCAGCAGCGCAAGCUGAGAUGUCCGUGGCAAGCUUAGUACGUAUGGGAUUUCCUCAGAGGGGGGCCGAAGAUGCAGUGGCCCUCUGCGCUUGUCAUAGAGAAGUGAAGAUGGGAGGAGGCUACACUUGCCCACGCUGCAAGGCCAGAGUCUGUGAGCUUCCAACCCAAUGUCACAUCUGUGGUUUAACUUUGGUUUCGUCGCCACACCUUGCGAGAUCGUAUCAUCAUCUCUUUCCUGUGUCUCCUUUCGAAGAGGUUGAGAACUUAGCGUCUGCAAAUGGACGCCAAAGUCUGUCCAAGAGUUGCUAUGGGUGCUUGCAGGAGCUUCCCACCCCAGGUGGGAAGGUGAAAGGAGUCCGCCUUGAAUGCCCGCGGUGUAGACAGCAUUUCUGCUUUGAUUGUGAUAAUUACAUUCACGAGAGUCUUCAUAAUUGCCCUGGUUGUGAAAGCAAUUCAGUCAUACUAUCACAACUUUCCCAAUAACCAAGGUGUUUGCCUGGAUCUGAACUCCA